AGAAAACUCUUGUGAUUGUGAAGGAGCUGGAGCUGUUGGGCAUGGCGGCGUCUCACGUGAGGCUGUACCCAGGCAUACAGCAAGACUCGGAGCUGCUCAAGUGUGCCGUCAUCAUUACACAAUGGGUGGUCCUGGCAAUCCGCAACCUGGUGGAGAACAACCGAGCCAACCGAGACGUCCUAUCUGGUAUGUCUCUGCAGGGCAUGGCGGGUCAUAUGAGCACGCUGAGGGAGAUGGGCGUCCACACAGAGCUAAGAGGAGGGAAAAUUGUCAUCAAGCCAGUGGACGACUCAAAGAAAUGAGCUGCAACUGCUCCUGUUGUCAGGAUGGAGGUUGAUGUGUUUUUAGGGGAAGGGGCAGAGGUCAUUGCAGCUGAUGGUUUCAAGAGUCAACAUAGCUGAGGCUUGAAAAGGAUUUUUACAGCUCUCAACUUAUUGGCAUGCUAUUUUGUUCCCCUCUAGGUUUUACAAAUAACUGCUCCUGAAAUUCAGUCAAGUGUUGUUCCCAGUUGUGGAAUGUUUGGUUGGCCUCUCUUCUGGAGUUUUUUUUUCUUUUUGAAAUGUUCUGUGAUUUUGUUUUGUCUUACGUUGGUUAUUUGGUUUAGGUAUGGCUGGCCACAUUGGAAAGGUCUGAAGUAGGGACUGCUGACAGUACAGUGGCACUUGUUUGGUCAGUGAAAGUGUCUCUAAGGGAAAGAUCUACAACACAUUAUGUUGUUGUAACUUAUGGGCUCUAUCAGUUUUUAUUAUGCUAGGCGGGUGGUUAGCAGGUGUUCUGGCUCCUUUUUCACUAUCAAGCAUCCAUCAACCUUAUCUCUCCUCUUUCUCUUCUUUGUACGUUACUCUCUAGUAACACCUCUAAUAUUCUGCACUUAUAUGGGAUGCAAGUGCUGUAAGGCUCGCACUAAAACUAUAACUGUUUUAUGCCAGAGGGAAAGAGCUGUAUGCAUGUGUUUCCUUCAUGCCCUGAGUUGUCCAAAGUCUCACAAUAUUAUGAAGGUCUUGUCAAGUGGGCCAAUGACUUCGAGUCCGUCUUGUUUUCAGGUGUGGUUGGUGUCCCACCUCUUUUACCUCUUGUUUUUACCGUCCUAAUUUAUUUGAUUUAUUUGUCAUUAUAGGGUUUUGUUAGGACAAGUGAAGGUGUGUUCAAUCGCCUUGUCCGUGAAAAUGCUGUUUGAACUGUUUCUGUGGUAUUUAUUUGUGAUAAAACUGAAAGUCGUUACACUUUUACACUGUGCUAGAUAAAGUGUCUGUAUUCUUUUUUUUUUAAAUUUGAUUUGGUUCUUUUUUUCUGUACUUAUUUUCUUUUAGAGUUUGAAAGGAUGGGGGAGGUGUGUUUUUUCUUUUCUUUCCCAGGAAAGAAGGAGUGGGAUUUGUCUCCUAUUUAUAUAUGGCACAGGCAAAUGUCAUUAGGUAGUACAUGUACUCAAAUGUGACUUUUAACAUUUUUAAUAUAUUAAAUUUGUGCAUUGACAUAGCUAUUGUUACAAUUCAUGUUUUUGUGAAAUUGAAGAUACUGCAUUUGUAUGAUUACAACUAAUAUUUUCAUGAAGUUGAAAGUGAAGCAUUUGUGUGAAUGAAUGAAUGAAUUGUGACCACAGCGUCAGCCCAGGUUUUUUCUUCCUUUAUUUUACAUUUAAUAUUUUGCCAGCCUUUAGACUUCAGAUUUCUUUGUUGAUCACAAUCUGUGAUUACUGCAGACUUAACAUUUGGAGUUGGAAUGUCCUAUUUUGUAAGCAGUGAAAGAGACUGGUCAUGUUUCUCCAGUUGUGGAAUGAAGUGAAUUUCUCUAGGACAAGAUUUAUAUGUUGAUAAAAAUAGAUUCAUAAAUAGACAACAAAAAGUAUUCUUUUGUAUUUUUCUUUUAGCGUACUCGAUUAAACAAUUUCCAGAAUGAAUAUUUGCAUAGAAUAAAUCAAAGUUAAGACACAAUCUGACAGACUAUUGUAAUGGCGUAAAUAUGACCUUGAUGUUCACCAUGCGUUUUAGUAGUAGAGCCAACCUUGGCUGUAUGGGAAACAAACCUUGCAGAAAAAUAAAGAUACUGGUGCUUGAUGAAAAUAACUUUGUGAUGUGGGAUUGGAACAGAAAGUUUUUGUCCUUGAAAUGAAGGGUCUGAUUACAACAGCCUAGUUACUUGUUGUUUGUGUCCCAGUGAAAGCAUAUCAGAAGAUCUGGUGGCUGGAGGGUGCCACUGGUAGGCCCUAUUUCUUUACUUUCCCUCUGUUGUUUCAGUUUCUGUCUGUCUUUGUUACUUUUUCCCUGCAAUAGAUGACCAUUUUUGUGUCAAUGCGCUUCUCUUUACUAAAAAAAACAAGAAAUAAUCACACAAGACAACAGACUCUGUUAUAUGUUGAUGCAGGUUGCCCUUGAUAAGAAAGAAAUGUGUAACAAGAGUCUCAAACUCCAUGAAGAAUCUGAAGUAAACAGUAUGAGACUGUAACAUCAGUUUUGCCAUUUUAAUCCUCUUUGCCGUCAGCAUCAUUGCUUUGUCUUCAACAGGCCACAAGUCUUGAGAAAAUGGCUCUCAGAACUUGAGCAUUUUAUUUCACAUAUUAACACGCCAUAUUUACUGCCUUGUGUAGGCAUAGUACCAUUUGUAACGUUCAUGUUGCGCCAAAGUUUUCUGACUAUUUAUAAUUGGAGGGAACUUUCUUCCAGUAGUUUCAUGAAGAUGUUUGUUGUAUAGUUCAAAUUCUAAAGGACUAGAAAUGUGGCAUAAGCUCAUAAUAUCUCGAGAAUGUACCACGUAUAGUCAAUGACCUAUCAGAAAUGGUAAAUUUUCUAAUAGUAGAACUACAUACUUGCAUUCAAGUUGUAUGUUGUAUGACUUUGUGUCUUAGCACGUAUAUAUAAGGCAUUGCAUCUUUGAGGUAGCUUGUAAAAUUGUUAAAAUUGUUAUUAAAGGUCUAAACCUUU